UUAGUACCCACUCAGAAACUGUUGCGAUAGAAACUUUCCUGGUCGACUCAAGGAGUUGGAAACGGAUCAGUCCGGCCCAGCAGAUCUAUCCCACCCGCUUACACGAAAUAUUGUAUGCACUAUGUCUUACGAACAAGACUUCACAAAGUUGAAAGAACGAGCGAUAACUCUGACAGACGACAAGAACGAAUGGAGCGUAUCGUCAAAGUCUAAAAAUGAUGUGCUGAUUGAAAGUAGGCCAUCUGAUUUAUAUUCGGCCACUAUAUACCGCGUGACCGCCAAGGUCAAGGCCUCAGUCCAGGUGGUCAAGGAAACGAUAGCUGUUUUCCCCGGCAGCAAGCGUUUGGAGUGGGACUCGAACCUGAAGGAAAUCUCUGAGAUGAAGAGAAUUACAGAGAAACAAUGGAUCCAGGUGUCAAGGUCUAAUGGCAUAGAUAAAGGACUUAUCUCCCCACGUGCAUUUGUUGACUUGACUGAACUUGAGCAGACAGAGGACUAUUGUCUUCUGACAGGUGGCAGCAUCGAAUACCCGGAGAUGAAAUCGAAUGACAAGUAUGUACGAGGAUGGAACGGUAUCGUUGCUCUCAGAAUCGAAAAAGACUCGGAAGAGCCAGAGUUUGUCCACUUGGUCUAUGUAUCAGAGAUAGAUUUCAAGGGCAAGAUUCCUAGGUCACUUGUGGACGCUACUAUGGCCAGUGUUCUGGCCGGAACAGUCACGAAUUGGUUCAAGUAUAUGGAACAGUGUGGUUACUUGAAGUCGUAAAACAGACAUCAGCCCGCUCACUUCUGCCAUCUUUUAUAAUUAUGCUGUU